AUGGCCACCACUCUGCUAGAUGGGCCAGUACAUGACCCGAUAGAUGUCGGCGAUCUUCUGCAGCAGCGCCUUCAAAAUCGCGAAUACAUCCACAAAGCCGCCGUAGACGCCUUCAACGGGAAACAGGUCCCGUUCCCGCUGGGCCAAGAGUUGAUGCGUCUCUGCGUCGUCCACGGCAUCAGAUACCACGCGGACUUCUGCUUCGGUCCGGCCGCCGUCCUCCGCGGGUCGCUGCCUUUGUUCACUCGCACCCUUAACGCGAGGACCAUCAUGAGCGACCAAAUCCCGGACCUCGAUCUAGACCACCCCGACGACUUGCCGUACUGUAUCUGGUACCCGGAUGUGCCCUCGGGAGACACCCUCAGAGAUCUUGCUCGGCGAUACCCCUUCAUGGCCUACCAUGCCGCACGCGCUUGUGCCGUCGCCGGAUACACGGACGUCUACAAAGAGAUUGCCCAGACCACGAAUCUCCUUCCCGAGGUUGCCAUCGCCGAGGAAGCGCGGGAGAGCGGCCGCCUCGACAUCUUCAAUCUCAUCAUGGAUGCGCCCGUCCGCUAUAAGGUCUUUGACGACUAUGCCCUCACAGUCAACACAUCGGCACCGAAACCCGCGUUUCUGAACGCCGACACGGCCGUCCGGCCUUACCUACAAGAGACGCAAAAGUUUUCGACCCCUUUCAAUCUACCAUCCGACGAGGGGACCGGCGCAGAACUGGCCAACGCGGAUGCGCUGUUCAUGUACGAGUCCAGCCGCGGCUUCAUCGAGCCGACGUUUAAUAUCACCGAAGACAUGGGCAUCGACCUCGACGGCGACGACGGCAUGAUCGAGACCAUCAAAAAAGUGGCUCCUUCGGCCGAUGAGGCAGCGCUGAAACUUUUCUGUCAGCCCCUCCCGGCGGAUCUCACGACGUGCCACAAGGACCUGCUCAUCCUCAUGGCCGCCUGCAACGGCGAUAUUGACAGGUACCACCGGCUUCGACGGCCCAGGCUGAUCGAAACCGAGAUCCAGUGCAUCAUCCGCGGGAUAUACCACAAUUCCCUAUUCGCGCAGUGGUGGAAGACCCAGCCGUUUCCCGACGACUAUGAGCGCGAUAUCCGCAGGGUCAUCUCGGCCCGCGGCAUCAUGAACAACGACCUCUCUUACAUCCUCUCCCCUCAGGGGGCCGACCCCCGGCUGAUCUGGUAUCCCAGCGUCGCGCACCCAGCUACGUAUGAGACCCUGGCCCGGGUCAAGCCCUCGAUGAGGCACGCGGUUGCGCGGGCCGCCAUCUACGCCAACUACCAGAGCCUGUUCGACAAGUUGAUCCAGGGAGACGGCGAUGACACAGGGCCGGCACUCAUGGUACCGAGCUACGAGCUGCUCAAUGAGGCCCGGCGCAGCCACAACGCGUAUUAUCGGGAGACGCUGGAGCGCAUAGCCGCCGAGAACCAGGCCGACGUAAGCCAGCGCCGUCCGGACCCGCUGGUGCAGGACCUGAGGUCGGCCACGCUGUGCUUCUUCGUCCGAAAAGGCGACAGGGUGCCCCGGCUGGGUGUCGGCACGAACACGGGGCCGGGCGAUCCACACACGGUGUAUAACGGUAUGGAGUGCGACGCCGCCGGCGUGGAAAUGUACCUGUCGAUCCCGGACGGGUGGAGACUGCCGCUGCCGGAGGGGUUCGACUCGCCGUUGACGAUAGACGGGGACACGCUCUUGGAGUACGACUUUAAGAUCUGGCCGCCGGGGUUCGAGGAGACGGAUGUUUCGAAGGAUGGAUGA